AUGGCCUUCGACUACCCGUUUAACACUCUUCAGAAUAUUUUUUGUUGAUAAUAUACACAUCAUCAUUCGAAAUGAGAUUUGAAAAAUGAGAACAAUAUAAGCUGUCAGACGAACGAAUUUACCGAUUUCUCGUCUUCUUCUGGUCUUUUCUGGGCCUCCAUCCAAAAUGUGGGUGAGUUUCACGACAUCGAAGGUGGCCUUCUGCCGCUCUUUUUGUAUGUCUGGAUUCAUGUCGAAGCUGAAAAGGCGACGCCAACGGUGAGAAAUCGACAACAAUCAGAGAAGAUUGUGAGUUGUGUAAUUUAUGUCCUGGAGCGAGGCUAUUCUUUCCUGUUGGACACAGGCUGAUGACGAAGUUGGGUCACGUGACGUAAACCCGGAAGUAAGACAUGCGUAUUAUCAAAGACAACCGCCUCAACUUUCAACCUUUUUCGCUGCAGCUACUGUCAUUUAUUAACUGUUUAAAAUCAUGCUUCCUUCUGCUGCGGUCUAUUAUUUUCCAUGGGAAAUAGAGUCUGCAACAUUACCGGAAGGAUUGUCAGUACGAACAUUUGGCAGACUGACCAGCUAUAAGCAAGAUAUUUCCAGGGCUACACUAACCACUCAGCAUGCUUCCAAGGAACACAAUGUAGUCAUCAAUACCUUGCUUGUGGAACCAUUUCGUGCCAUAAUUGGAGCACAUUAUGUAGUUCUGGGUGAGACAGAAUCAGCUGAUGCGGUGAACAUGGUGGUCCGAGCUCGUGUGCUCAACUGUGUGGAUGGUGUCAACAUCCCCCUUCUCAUGAAAGCCAUCACUGAACAGAGGAGAUUCUUCAAGGAAAGGGAGAGCCAUCAGAACGACGCGGUGCAUCCUGCAACUUGAUGGUUAAAAAGCAGCCUGUUGGACAGAUCUCCGGUGGGGUUGGAGCGGCUCAGCGGGGCUCGUAUGCGGCUCAGCAUGCCUUUCUCAGCAUUGGACAGGUCAUCGUUCAGCUUGUCGAGCUGCUGACCCAGCGUUGCCAGUCUGGGAUCCAUCGGGGUGGACACUGGGGCUGAAUCAGCAUACGAAAUGUCAGUUUGCAAUCAAUGAUGACGGACCUACUGCAGAUACAAGAAUGGGGUUUGCCAAAGACCUGAUUGCUGGGACUUGGCCAUCUCUGACUUGUGAUUCUUGAGGGAUGUGGCCAACAUGGCUCUCCUCCUCUUGAUAUCAUCCAGUUCACCACCCAAACUGUUCAUUUCAAAGACAAACUGUCACUGACAUGGGUUUGUUGCUUAUCAAUAUCAUUAUUGUAAGAAGCUGGCAUAACUUACAGGUCCACUUUGUUAAUGGCCUCUGGAUCAGGCGAUGGCACCAUGAAGCAAACUGCUGGGAAGGUGUUACUGACCCCUUUACUGGUUAUAACUUCCCAGUUCUCAUUGUCAGAGUACGAUUUCAAUGUGCACUUGUCUCCUCUUGACAGGGAACCCUUGAUGAGGAUAGAGAUGACAUUGACAUGACAAAAAAUAUUUUCCAAAAAUGUGUCUUAUAUCUCAUCUUAUAUUCAAGUCAGUACGGUAAUGACAGUGCCUGACAACAUUUAAGGAUGCUCUACCCCUUCAGAGUCCCAGUCACAGAGCGACUCCACCGUAACCGAUCUGUUGGGUGGGCUACGGCGCUGCUUCAGAGGAGUGAUUGUGGUGCUGCGCUUCCUUAGGUCAGCCAGGAGCUGCUCACUGUCUUGCACGGCUUUCUCCUCCGCCUAGAGGAGGAAAAAAAAUGCAAAGAAAUACAUAAACAACAAGGAUAAGAAGUAGGGAGAAAUUACAAAAAUGUAAAAAGACAGAGGACGAAUAAAAAAAAAAACAAAUACAUAAUUCAGCCGAACCAAGUCAAUUUGGUAACAUUUUGGUAGCAACUAGGUAAUUACCGUAAAUCAUUCUGGAAACCAAGGAAAAAGCCAUGGCAUUUUAGUAAAAAUUCCCUUAAUUGUUCAGUGAAUACUGCAUGAAUCUUAAUGACAGAUGUACACUUUCAUACUGAUCCAAAUGAGGAGCCGUUUUGAGGUUUUCCACCUUCCUAUGUGACAUCAUCUCAUUAAUUAAUGAUAAUACUAUUACAGCAUUCUCCUGGUACCUCAAGCUGCAGCAUCAACUCAGAGUUGCUCUUCUUGUUGACGAUCUUCGGGUCCAAGCUAUUGUUGAGUUUGCUCAGUGUCUCCGACAGCUGCUCUGUGUCCAGUUGAUACUGCGUGGUAACAUGUCACCACAAGGUGAGAUUUUAAGAAUAGGUGGCUUACAGGUGGAUACAUGUUCUUCGGGUGAAUGGCGUUCUUGUGUUGAUACCCUUUUGUAUUGCUCCAAAUUGUCCAGGUGCGUCUCUUGACAUAUGCAGAGGUGGAGGAAUUUCUGCCACUCGUUGCGCACAGCGUCUCUCUGUGCCUGCAAAUAAUUCAUAAUAUUGUAAUAAAAUAAUAGAGACAAGUCUGCCUGAGUGGUAAUCCGAGUAAUUAACAAGCAUACAUCAAACUGGUAAAUCACCAAAAAGGUUUUUCACAUAAAGUAGCCAAGGGAGUCACUACAUGUUAUGAUGACAAAUAUGAAUGUACCUGUAUGGUGGCACUGGCAGGGUGCUUCAGCUCAAUGAGUCUGUCCCCUUCAUCUUGCAGUUUGUUCACCUCGCUCUCAUGUGACAGCAGACUGUUGUUCUUGAAGUUCUGAUCAAAGAUACACACACUCCGGGUCAGUGCACACCAAGCCUCAAAUUCAUCCUAAUCGUUAGUGGUACUUAGACAACCCUGACCUCGUACUGCCUGCGAACAUCCGGAGGAUCUGCCAUCCGGUCACUCCAGUCCUGCUUCCUAAUCUUGUCCUGCUCCUCUCCCAAGAAUGUCAGCUCCUUGUUGCAACCCUGCAUGUACUCAUACAGGCUGUUCAAGUAGUGGCCGCGCCAUUUGGAGUUUUCCUUUGAAAGAGACAAAAUUGUGUAAAAAUAAAGUAUGGUAUAUUCAACCAGAUUUUAGAACAAAUCUGGAGGUUGUACACAAUUGCUGAAUUUCCUUUAAAAGGUUUUCAGAUGUUUUCUUUGUCAACAAGAAUUUGUCAUACUAUCGCAAAUGAACUUUUGUUAGGGCAUUCACUGAAAUGUAUUCCAUUCUCUUCCGCUUAUCUGGGUCCAGGUUGAUGUGGCUCAGUCGGGAAGUCCAGACUUCCUGGUGGCCAUCUUUUUCAGCUCCACCAGGAGGAGACCAAGGUGUUCCCGGGCCAGCUGUGAGACAUAAUCCCAGCAGCAUGUUCUAGUUCUGACCUGUGGCCUCCUAUCGGCUGGGCCUCACAAGGGAGGCAUCCAGACUCGAUCUCCGAGCCACCUCAGCUCGUUCCUCUUAAUGUGAAGGCUCUAUUCUUUAGGGUGAGUCCAGCCACCCUACACAGGAAACUCAUUUUGGCUGCUUGUAUCUCUCUUCACCACAACGGUUCGGUACAGCAACCUCAGACGCUUGUCGACCUUGAUUUGUAUUAAUUCUAUAUUUUGACUUUUGUGCCAAUAAUAUUUUAACAUUAAACCCAUUAAAUGGAUUUUGAAUUUUUCCUUGGCCGGAUGGGGGUUCAGAUCAUGGGAUGUAAUUUAUUGUUGCCCGCUUGCUUUGAGACUCUUUUGUGAUUAAGGGCCAUAUAAAUAAACCUGACUUUACUUAAUAUUUCUCUUUUUCAUUUCAUUUAUGACAACUGGGAUAGGCUCCAGCACCCCUGCGACCCUUGUGAGGAUAAGCGGUAGAAAGUAAAUGAAUGAAUU